CAGUUCUGUGGUGUUCUUGGUCACACAUUUAUGGAGUUUCUGAAGGGCAGUGGAGACUACUGCCAGGCACAGCACGACCUCUAUGCAGACAAGUGAACUGUAGAAAUUCAUUACUACUCCACCAAGAAGCCCCCCUAAGAGUGGUUCACCAGGAUAAGAAGUAUUGAAUUGAAAUUGGCAGAGCAUUUAACAAAAGAAUUCAGACCUGGAUGGGGUAAACCUCAGUGCACUGCCUUUUUUUUUUUGCCUCAGUAUUACUGGAUUGAAGAAUUGCUGCUUCUUGUUAGGAGGUUCAUUUCAUUUCCCAUCGCUCCCAACUUCAUAUUUCCAAGCACUGAGAAUUUCAAGUGGAGUAUAGUGAAGUAGACUUCAGUUUCUCUGCAUCACUUCUGUAUUAAAUUUUGUUUUGAAUCCUUUCAUAAUCUUGUUGCAUGUUUAACUAAAUUAAUAUGGCCCGAAUGAACCGCCCAGCUCCUGUGGAAAUCACCUACAAGAACAUGAGAUUCCUAAUCACACACAAUCCAACCAAUGCAACCUUAAACAAGUUUAUAGAGGAACUUAAGAAGUAUGGCGUUACCACAGUGGUAAGAGUGUGUGAAGCCACUUACGACACUGCUCCGGUGGAAAAAGAAGGCAUUCAGGUUUUGGAUUGGCCCUUUGAUGAUGGAGCUCCACCAUCCAACCAGAUUGUUGAUGAUUGGCUAAAUCUCCUUAAAGUUAAAUUUCGUGAAGAGCCUGGUUGUUGUAUUGCGGUACACUGUGUUGCUGGUCUUGGAAGGGCUCCAGUCCUAGUUGCUCUUGCACUGAUAGAAUGUGGAAUGAAGUAUGAAGAUGCAGUGCAGUUCAUAAGGCAGAAGCGGCGUGGAGCCUUUAACAGCAAGCAACUUCUAUACUUGGAGAAAUACCGCCCCAAGAUGCGUCUGCGUUUUAAAGACUCCAAUGGUCACCGAAAUAAUUGUUGCAUUCAGUAAAGCCCAACAGCCUAUACUGCUUCUUUGGGAUUAAAGGAUGGAAAUUAGAAUUAAGCAGACUGCAUGCCAAGGACAUGGGUCUGAUUUCUAAGUAGUAAAGGAAGCUUCCUUAGGAGUAUUAAAUAGGCCAAAAGUUUGGUAGAAAUGCAACUUGUAUGUUAAGAUAAAUAUCCAUCUGUUUGGAGAACCAGUAAAUGUUUUUCUUGUACCCCGUUUCUGAACUGUCUCCUUGUUUGUAACUUGCCAGUUCAAAUAUCCUUAAUCAUGCCAUUGAGUCUUUUCAUCUAGUUUCAACUACUAAAAAUUGGGCUACUAAAAUACAUCAAUCUAUAUAGAGAUUAGGUGCCAAAACACCCAGCAUAUCAUCUGCAUAUUUUUUUCCUUGUAAACAGGCAUAGUUCUGAUGAUGUAAGAGCUACCAGUUUAUCUGGCCCUUACUAUUUUUUUCUACAGUCAUUUCAAUAUUGAAGAAUAUGGCCUCUAAGACAGUCUUGCCUGCUCACUGUAUGUUUUGUCUCCCACAAUCGCACUAGAAUUACCAGGAUUUGCACAGUCUUUGGUUUUUGUUUUUUCUUAAAUACUAUCAAUUACAGCAACUUUUUUUCCAGUGUCUGUACUCUUCUGCUAUCUGAACCUCUCCAUUUUACAAAUCAUUACUCUCUGGUUACUCACGUAAAAAAUCUUUUUACAUUGUACAGAAGCACACAAGUCUUUAAUGUCUCCAGACAAAAAGCCUUACAUUAAAAGUAAUGUUGGCACUUCAUGUGCAACUUAACAGAGGGCCUGAAAAGGUUGGGAGGGGCUAUUUAAUAUUUCUAGUAAAAUGUUGCCUUUGUCUUGUGCAGGAAGUAUAGAAUAUGCCCUUUACUUUAGUAAAUAUUUUUUUAAAAUGUAGAAAUGCUUUGUUAUUGUAGCUAAAAAUUCUUAAUCAGAAAAUUUCUGAAAAAUCUUGUAGUUUCUUUUACUGUACCUAUUGAAGGUUGUUUACCAACUAUUGCUUUGUUGAAAGUGUGAUUUUUAUUUUUUUCUUUUGUUCUUCCUCCUUGAGUUUCUGCUAUGACUUGGGCAGACCUCUGUAAUAUUUUGUAUGCCUUUCAAGCUGCGUAACUUAAUAUUUGAAUACUUGAUAAUUUGUUUUAUUAUGUAAUUGGUAAAAUGGUGAUGUGUAUUAAUGUUAGUUCAACCAUAUAUUUAUACUGUCUUGGGAAUGUGUGGUUAUAGUUCUGUGGGAGAAAUAAUUUUGCCAGUGUUCACCAGCUUGUAAACUCUAGUGCGAGAGCUUAAACAUCUAAAUAAAUACUGAAAUGCACUUACGAAGUUUGCUGAAACACUUUUCAUGGCUUUCACUUCUUUCGUGUGCUUUCACAGCCAUCUUAACGUGCCUAAAUUCAGGACCUAUCCAGGCUUUGCCGCCCUCCUUCCCCCCCAACCCCCCUUUUAAUCUGGGCCUGAGCAUCCCCCUUGUUGUAACGUUUGCUGUUUGUUUUACUCGUAAAUAAAUGUAGACAAAAAUAAAUGGUAGAAAAUACGGCAUUUCUUUAUGAGGCUUACUUCUGACUUCUCCAGUACUAAAGUAGCUUACUAACUUUGUCCAUGCUCUUGAAGCUGCCUUUGCGGCAACUACAGAAGAGUAUGCGCAUCUAUAAAACCUGGAGAAUAAGUUUUAUAACUAGCAUUAGAAUUUCUUAAAGAAUAGUGUGACACGAUGUUUUAUUGUCAGGACUGAAGGUAUGCUCAAAUAGAUUCUAUCCCAGAAAUAACUUGACCUGAAACCUGUGCAAACUUGAGGUUUUUUCAAAGAGUGGUAACAGAACUUCUUGAUGGGAACUGAAAGACUUUAUUUAGUAACUGGCUGGACUGCUCUUCUAAUUGGUGAUCGUUACCUAGGCGUAGGUCUGCCUAAAAUUAAAAGUUCAGAUUAAACGUAUCUUGCCUUUUUAAAAGGCCAGUUAGGAUGCUACAUACCUUUCUGAAAGUGACUCUUCAGUGGAGCUUCUUUUGUAUUAGUCUCAUUAGGCAUCUUUAUCGCACACAAUUUCAAAAUGCUCUGAAACUGAAUGUCUUUAAGCUUAGUCAUGAGUUCUGUGGAGUGGCAUAUGAAUGAACUUACCUGUUCUUAUUUAGCUGGUAAAGAGAGGUUAAACUCAGUGUAAGGGUAUUUUGAUUAGAGAAAUACUAUUUUGAUGUUAAUUGUAUCUUACAGACUGUCACUUAAUUUGGCAGAGUUGCAGGAUGAGAUAAAAUCCUGAAGUCUGCUACUUUUGCCUCUCCUGUUAGGGGGCUUUUUUUCACGCUGAAAAAGUGAUUGAAGUGUACUUUGAUAAAGAUGCCUGAAUUGAGCACUGAAGAUUCAGCUCCUUAACGUGAAAGUAAAAUUGCCAAAUACAAAAAAAGGGUUAGGCAGGACAUAGGUGCUCCAAAACUGGGGCUGAGAUGCUUGCGGGGAUCAAGUUUUUACAGGGAGAUGAGACAUGAGAGCAUAUCUUCUGAUUUAUAUAAAAGCUGAUCUGUUCUUUCUUCCUUCUGUUGUGUUUUGUCAGAUUCAAUUUCCUGGUUAAAAUUAGCUGAAGAAAACCUUAUGCAAUAAAACUGAGCUCUUAUUAUGUUUCCUGGAAAAAGGUAACAUUAAAACUUGCGUUCAAUGAGUAGAAGAAUA